AUGCGAGCCGCAGCGCUCGUUGUCCUGGCGCUCGUCGAUGCCUUCGCGCCGCCGCAGCGCGCGGUCGGCCCGUCCACCAUUUUGCACGGGUCGAAGGUCGGCGUUUACUACGGCACCGAGGGCCAAAACACGGAGGCCGCGGCGGAUUUACUUGUAGAAUUACUGAAUGCCAAGUUCGACGGCAUCGCCGGCGAAACCUCCUUUCCCGUGGACGAGAUCGACGGAGUCGAAGAUUUGAUGGACCACGAACUGCUGCUGGUGGGCUGCCCGACGUGGAACACGGGCGCGGAUACCGAGCGGUCGGGCACGGACUGGGACGAUUUGUACUAUGAAGAUGAUGGUUUACCUUCAUUGGACUUCGCGGGCAAAAAAGUGGCCGUCUUCGGCUGCGGCGACUCCGUCGGGUACGGCGGCAACUUCUGCGACGCGAUUGACGAGCUGGAGAGCGUCUUCGCGUCGCGGAACGCGCAGACGGGCUUCGGCUACAUGCCGGCGUCGGGCUACGGCCACGAGGACUCGAAAGCGCUGCGAGGGGAUAAAUUCUGCGGCUGUCCCUUAGAUCAGGUCAACGAGGGCGACAAGACCGAGGCGCGCCUGUCGGAGUGGCUCGACAUUUUGGCGGGCGAGGGCUUCUUCGGCGGCGACGCCACGGCGGCCCCAGCACCCGCGCCCGCCGCCGCCGCGCCGGCACCCGCGCCGGCCCCGGCGCCGGCGCCGGCAUCGGCGCCGGCACCCGCGGCCGCGGCGGUCGGCGCCGCGCCCGAGCCGGCCGUCGUCGACGCCGUGCGCGGAUUACUGCCAGAUGUAGGAGCCGACCCGGCGAAGCCCUACAUCCUCACGAACGAGAACCUCGUGCAAUUACUGAUGGUCCAACAUUCGCGGCUGCAGCGCGCCUUGCGGAAGAUUCAAGAGCUCGAGGGCGGCGUGUUAGUCGUGCCCGCCGCCGCGCCGGUGGAAGCCGUUCAGGACGACGGCGAGCCGCCCGCGAAGCUCGACGGCGGCGCCCUCGCGACGGUGCGGUCCGUCGAGGUGAUUGUCAAGGAUACGCCCGAGGGCUCCGCGCCGAUCGCGCACGUCGAGCUCGAGACGUCCUUACCGUUUGUGGAGGGCCAGUGCGUCUCUGUGCUCCCGCCGGGCAAUGACGAAAAAGGCAACCCGCACAAGAAGCGCCGGCUCUACACGGUCGCCUCCGAGCGGGGGUCCCAACUCGCGCUGUGCGUUCGCGAAGUCGGCGUGACCUCGAACUUUUUGCAUACUAUUCCCAAGGGCUCGCAAUUACAUCUGGAAGGACCGAUGGGCAAGUCGAUGGUCCUUCCCGCGGACCCUAAGGCUGGCCUGGUCUUGAUCGGCACCUCGACGGGCGCCGCGACGUUCCGCGGGUUCUUGCGGCGACUCUACCCCGCGAACGCGGCGCCGACGGCUGGCCGAGGACCCAUCGUCGUCAUCCUCGGCGGCGCGACGCGCGAGGCCAUCCCCUACGUCGAAGAAUUUGAGCAGGCGCAGGAGCGAUUGGGUCCCGGGCGGUUCCGCCUCGAGUUGGCGUUGGGCGGCGCGCGCGUCGACGACGGCUCGGAGACGACGCUCCCGGACAAGAUCAAGGGCCUGUCCCUGAUUGCCAAGGAGAUCAUGGACCGCGGCGGCCACACGUACGUUUCGGGGUUGCGAGGGAUGCUGAAGCCGUGCGCGGCGGCGCUCGACGAGUUCAUCGACACGAAGGCGCUCAAGAAGGAGGGCCGCUACCACGCGGAAGUUUAUUAAGUUCUUACAUGUU